ACUGACCUUUGUGGUGAAGAGAUGAAGACGGAGGGCCAUUCUGUGUGGAACUGCCUUGUCCAGUGAACAGGAAUGAGAAAUGUACUUGUUGGGUACGCUCAAAGCGAAGUUUUUAGCAGUGCCUAAAGUGGAUGGGAAGCUGAGGAUCUGAUACCCAUUUUGCAGAUUGAUCGUUCUCAUGGACCACCUCCAGCUUAGCCUCAUUCCAGUGGCUAUGGCGACACCAGCAAUUGCGGUGCGCCCCCACGCCCGGUUGCACCACCACCACCAACAACUAGUCGGCCCUUCUCGACUCUGUGCCCCGCCAGGAAAUGGGUGGAAUCACUUGUCUCGCAUUCGAAUUGCGCCGGUCUUUCCUUGCGUUCAAUUCCACUCAUACUCAUGCUCUCAUCAGCUGGUGGCCUAUGCCACCUCCGCUUCUCAGGAUCAAACAGCGUUGGAGUCCACCAGUGUGGAGCUGGCCUUCGCAGUUGGGGCUACGAUGACUCCACAUCCAGAUAAGGUACAGAAAGGUGGUGAAGAUGCAUACUUUGUGAGCAAUUACGGAGGAGGUGUGCUUGGGAUUGCUGAUGGCGUCGGGGGGUGGGCAGAGCAAAAUGUCGAUCCGGCACUUUACUCCAAAGAGCUUAUGGCUCAUGCUGAGGCUGCUGUGUCUUCUGAGGAGAUGGAAUUCAAUGCGCAGAUGCUACUGGCGAAAGCACAUGCUGCAACGAAUUCUAUCGGAGCUGCUACAGCCAUCGUGGCACUAUUGGAAAGGAAUGGCGUUCUUCAUGUAGCCAGCGUUGGCGAUUGUGGCAUUAGGAUUCUUCGGCAAGGUCGGGUAGUGUUUGCAUCACAACCGCAACAGCAUUAUUUCGAUUGUCCGUAUCAAUUCAGCUCUGAGCAAAGUGGUCAAUCAGCUGCAGAUGCAAUGGUAUUUAAAGCAGAACUGAAGGAAGGAGACUCGAUCGUGAUGGGGUCAGAUGGACUGUUCGAUAACGUGUAUGAUCGGGAUGUCGAGACUACACUCAGCGUCUUCGGAGGUUCUGAUGAGGAGUCGGCCAUUCGGAGUGCAAAGGCGCUGGCAGCACUGGCCAGCAAGAAUUCCAGGGAUCCUGCAUAUGAAUCACCUUAUAGCAAAGAGGCUAUUCAGCAGCUGCUAGCUGCUGUAUGCAAACGUGAUCCAUCGUCUGUGCAGGGCUUGGAUGUACCCUGGUAUAAGAAGAUUUUAGGGCAAAAAUUAACAGGUGGGAAAAUGGACGAUAUUACAGUGAUCGUCGCCCACGUCGUAAAAGAACAGAAGUCUCCAGACGAAGCAAUUGUUGAAAUGAGGAGCGAGCCAGUACCGCAGAUGCAGGAUGUAGAUGGUGAGACUAGUGUACAAAGAAGGGAUGAUGAGGAGCAAUUAAUUCCAGAUGGCUUAUCUGAGGGUUGGGCAUAAGUCUAGGCGCCGAUUGUUUUGGCAAAUUGUACAGAUCUGGAUCAUCUCUGUGGAAAUCAUUGAGCAACCUGCAGAAGAGUCCCAUUUUCCACUUAAUGCUCACUGGAGCACUGUUUUAAGUUAUAUCCCCUGAUUUGAGUUUGGAGAAUACCAGCCCAGUAUUUUCGGUGCAUUGGUGAUCUUCUGAAUUACUUGAUCUA